GAAACAAAGAAAACAAAUGCAUAAUCAUUUACGGCAGAACAUGUGCCCUGCCCAUCAGAACAGGAGCCUUGCGAACGGGCCAAGCCAUCCACGUUUGGAUCCUGAGGAAAUCCAAAUGGCUGAUUAUAUUUCUAAGAAUGUUUCUGCCACCGAGCAUGUGAUCCGAAGGGAAACAGAGACAACAUUUUCAGGAAGUCACUCCUGCUCCCCGUCUCAUCACUGCUCCACAGCCACUCCCACAUCCAGCCAGAGACACGAAAGCCACACCUGGAGCCUGGAGCGGACGGAGAGUCUGACUUCAGAUUCCCAGUCUGGGAUAAUGCUGUCCUCGGUGGGAACCAGUAAAUGCAACAGCCCUGCGUGCGUGGAGGCACGGGCUCGCCGUGGGGCCGCUUUCUGCAUCGAGGACUCGCGGAGGCCCAUGACGCAAUAUCGUGACUCGGUGGAUUCUCUGCGGGACUCACCGCACAGCGAGAGGUAUGUGUCGGCCCUGACCACACCAGCACGCCUGUCGCCUGUCGACUUCCACUACUCGAUGGCUGCGCAGGUGCCCACCUUCGAGAUCACCUCCCCCAACUCGGCGCAUGCCGUCUCCCUGCCGCCGGCGGCCCCCAUCAGUUUCCGUGUGGAGGAACAGCAGCCCCUCCUGCGGCGAUACCAGCUCCCCUUCCAGGACACGCAGAGGUACGACAGCUACUACCAAAGGAAGACCUACCUAAACGACAGCAUGGGGAGCCUGCCCUCCAGCCCCUUCCGCAUCACAGAGGACGAUGAGUACGAGACAACGCAGGAGUACGUCACAGCGCUAGAGCAGCCAAAGAAAACAUCCAGCAGCAACAGGCGGUGGAAAAAAUCCAAACUGAACGGGCACAUCCCUCACAGAGCCAGAGCUGUCCGGGACUCCUUCUCCCUGAGCAGCGCCUCUUACAGCGAGUCUGAUGAGGAGCUGGUGGCCGAGAGCACCCCCUUCCUAAGCACUCAGAACAAUGAGGGGGCACACACAGAGUCGCCCCCACUCCACCGGCCGGGCGACAGCCGGACUCACUACUCCUGCAGCAGACACAGCGCUCACGGGGAGAGCGGGCGCAGCAGCCUGGCGCCCACGGUGCCCAAACCGGACCCAGAUCCUCUCUAG